AUGAUUAGGCAAAGUCCCGACACUGCUGACUGUGCCCACAGUGAUGACUGUGCUGACUGUGCCAACUGUGCCGACUGUGCCGGCUGUGCGGAAUGUGCAGACUGUGCAGACUGUGCAGACUGUGUCGACUGUGCUGACUUUGCCUACUGUGGAGAAUGUGUUGACUGUUGUGACUGUGUCGACUGUGGUGACUUUGCCGACUGUGGUAACUGUGCUGAAUGUGACGACUGUGCCGACAGGGCUGAAUGUGCCGACUCUGCUGACUGUGCCAACUGUAACGACUGUGCUGACUGUGCCGACUGUGGCAAGUGUGUCGACUGUGGCAAGUGUGUCGACUGUGGCAAGUGUGCCGACUGUGGCAAGUGUGCCGACUGUGCCGACUGA